AUUGCAGCAAAUAAAUGUCAUUACGACCGGCAUAAAUCUGUGAUCAAUAUCACUUCAUGGGCUAUUUUACCAAGCCGAGACGAAGAUGCGCUCGAGAACGCUGUUGCCAAUAUUGGUCCAAUAGCGGUGUCGAUUAAUGCAAGCCCGGAAACGUUUCAACUUUACAGUGAAGGUAUCUACGAUGACAUAUGUUCUUCAAAACACGUAAAUCAUGCAAUGCUGCUAGUUGGAUACACAAAGAAGUAUUGGAUACUCAAAAAUUGGUGGGGUAGUAACUGGGGUGAAAAUGGUUUUAUGAAACUUCGUCGAAAUGUUAAUCGAUGUGGAGUAGCAAAUUAUGCUGCAUAUUCUUUGAUAUGA